AGAAAUUUGACAAUGUUGAAACCGAGUAGUUAGCGAAAUAUUGAAGAAAAAAAUUAUGAUUUUCUAUUGUGGAUUAAGCAAUUUUCGUCUGGAAUUGAUAGGAAUUGGAAUAAUUGGAGGGCUGUUGAGUCAAGAGGUGGUGAAGGUAGGAAAAUUGCUGCCGGAGCUAUGGAUUAAGAAUGGAGACCUUAAAGAGGCAUGUUCUGUCUCUGGGCUAGAAAGAGUACAGGAGCUUAAGAAAAUUGUCAUAACUUUUGAAGAAAAGAUAUAUUCUGCUGCUAAAAGUCAGGCAUGUACUCUAAACUUGUUUCUAUUUGUUCGAAUUUUAAAGCUAGCUCAUGAAGGCGGGGAUAAUUUCCAAUACCUUAUGAGGAAACCACCUAUCCCUUUUUCAUCUGAUGUGGGACUCUUGAUGCAUUUGUUCUCCUUGAAACCACCCAUCCCUUUUUUAUCCGAUGUGGGAUUCUUCAAGAUGAAUGAUGCAAUUUGUUCUCCACUUUAUUGAUGUUAUUUCAGCUUUUAUAACUUGCAUUGGUCUUUCCCGUCAUCUAGACGCAUUGUAUAACGGAUGGCGAGUGGAGAAAUACAAUGUGUUUGCGAGGCAAACCUGCAAAGAUUUCAAUCUCCCUCCUGUAACAUUAUGUUUAUGUUAAAUUUAACACUUUUAAACAAAACAUAUUAAUCACUAUUUUAGCACUUUUACCAAGACAUUGUUGUCAUUUUAAAAAAUGAAAAAAAAAUGGAUGUGCUUAUAUUUGCUCUCAUGAUUGUUCUUAUUGCACGAAUAUGGAAGAAUGUGAUACUAUAUAUCAGACAUCUUAAGGAUGAGAUCAAUAAAUUUUAUCAAUUCAUAAUUUAUUUAUGUAAAAUACCUAUUACGUUAUGAUAAGACCAAAAAAACAGGGUUAAUUUUGCAUAUUGUCAUAUUUUUCUCACACGUAAAUAUUAUAGCAUAUUAAUUAUAAUUCCCCAAUAUCACUCAUUAUAUAUUUGUCAACACAAAAUGGAAAUAGUCAAGCUAUAUGGAAUUAAAUUAAAUAAUGUCAUAUUUGAGUAACCAACAUAGAUUCACAGUCUUUUAACACUAAUUUUUGAAACUGACCACUACACAAAAGUAAUCAUAUUUAAUUUUAAUGUCUUUCCACACCCAAGGAACCGCCACACGGUAGGUUUAAGGUCUGCGUAUACUCUAUCCUCCCCAGAUUCAGUAUGUUGUUGUUUGCACUUUGCAUGCCUAAGGAAGUUUAGUAUUAAGAACUUAAUUUAUUUAUUUUAUUGUUUAAAUUGUUGUCGUGAGAUGUUUUAUUUCAUGUGAUGGUCACCGACUCUGCGUACACUCGACCCUCCCAUGACCCACUUGUGGGGUUAAAUUUGCUACGUUGUUGUUUAACCUGUUGCAUCGGUUUUGUAAAAAAAAAAUUUGAACCCACCCUGCAGAGGCUAACCCUGUUUGCCAACACUAUACGCAAACUCAUUUUGGUAUGUGCUUCCCCUGAAUCAUUGCUAAUACGCAAACUCAUUUUAGCACUACUAAGGCCUUCCUUUCGGUGGGAAUUCCAUCAUUUAAAGCUGAAGAAGAUUGCCCGUGAGUUCUAACCCCAUCAAAUUUCUGCACAAAUUCACAACAUACACAGGCAUUCAGCCUUUCGCGCUUCCUCAUGACAGUCUUGGUGGCCUUCCACGAGUUUCAGACCAUUUUUCCUUCAAUACACAAUUAACUACCACGUUUUGGUCCUUCACCCGCUCCAAGUAUCUCAUACUUACAAUAUGACUUGGAGAGCCCUCCAAGCACGAUUCUUACAACAUCUUGAUCGAAUCAGAACAUUCAGUAGAAGAAAAGGGAAAUGAGAAUAAUGCUAAAGUAAACAUAACUUAGUCAAAUGUUUUUCUGU